GUCAUCCUGUCUUCAAAUUAUCAGGGAAGAUGAGACAAACUCAUGAGGCCAGCUGUGGUGAUUGCCCCAGAGUGUCGUGUGGUUGAAAGAAAGGAUCAGGAGAGUUUAAUGGUUCAUUUUCCAGACACUGAAAGAGCAGAGUGGCUAAAUAAGACUGUAAAGCACAUGUGGCCUUUUAUUUGCCAAUUUAUAGAGAAGCUAUUUCGAGAGACCAUAGAGCCAGCUGUGCGGGGAGCAAAUACCCACCUCAGCACCUUCAGUUUCACAAAGGUGGAUGUGGGCCAACAGCCCCUUAGGGUCAAUGGUGUUAAGGUAUAUACUGAAAAUGUAGACAAAAGGCAAAUUAUUCUGGACCUUCAGGUUAGUUUUGUAGGAAAUUGUGAGAUCGAUCUGGAGAUCAAACGUUAUUUUUGUAGAGCUGGCGUGAAAAGUAUACAGAUCCAUGGGACAAUGCGGGUGAUUCUGGAGCCCCUGAUUGGAGACAUGCCUUUAGUCGGAGCUUUGUCCCUCUUCUUCCUUAGGAAACCACUUUUAGAGAUUAACUGGACGGGACUGACCAAUCUUCUGGACAUCCCUGGAUUGAAUGGCUUAUCUGAUACUAUCAUCUUGGAUAUAAUAUCAAACUAUCUGGUGCUUCCCAAUCGAAUCACUGUUCCUCUUGUCAGUGAAGUUCAGAUAGCUCAGUUGCGGUUUCCUAUACCAAAGGGUGUUCUGAGGAUACAUUUCAUUGAAGCUCAGGAUCUUCAGGGUAAAGAUACUUAUCUCAAGGGCCUGGUCAAGGGAAAAUCAGACCCCUAUGGAAUUAUCCGUGUGGGCAACCAAAUCUUCCAAAGCAAGGUCAUCAAAGAGAACCUCAGUCCAAAGUGGAACGAGGUGUACGAGGCUUUAGUCUAUGAGCACCCUGGACAAGAAUUGGAAAUUGAGCUUUUUGAUGAAGAUCCAGACAAAGAUGACUUCUUAGGAAGUCUUAUGAUUGACCUUACUGAAGUUGAGAAGGAGCGCCUUUUAGAUGAAUGGUUCACUCUGGAUGAGGUUCCCAGAGGAAAGCUGCACCUGAAGCUAGAGUGGCUCACCUUGCUGCCGGAUGCCUCACAUCUUGACAAGGUGCUGACAGACAUCAGAGCUGACAAAGAUCAAGCCAAUGAUGGUCUUUCUUCUGCGCUGCUGAUCUUGUAUUUGGAUUCAGCAAGAAACCUUCCGAGUAACCCAUUAGGCUUUAACCCUCGUGUCUUGAAGAAGGCUGCGGUUCAGAGAGCGUUCAAGUCAGAGAAGAAAAUAAACAGCAACCCAAAUCCUCUUGUCCAAAUAACAGUUGGUCACAAGGCUCAGGAGAGUAAGAUUCGUUAUAAAACCAGUGAACCUGUGUGGGAGGAAAACUUCACCUUCUUCAUUCACAACCCCAAACGGCAAGAUCUUGAGGUUGAGGUCAAAGAUGAGCAGCACCAGUGCAGUCUGGGGAGCCUGAGGAUCCCACUCAGUCAGCUGCUGGGGAGUGAAGACAUGACUGUGAACCAGCGCUUCCAACUCAGCAACUCAGGGCCCAACAGCACUUUGAAGAUGAAGAUUGCCCUCAGGGUGCUCCAUCUAGAAAAGCAAGAAAGGCCUCCAGACUACCAACAUUCAGCUCAAGUGAAACGACCCUCCAUUUCCAAAGAAGGAAGGAAAAUGCCUGUCAAGUCUCAGGUGUCUGCAUCUCCAGCCACCAGUCGCAGCAGCACAGCUCCCUCCACACCCAUCAUCGGGGUCGGGGUCAUAGAGAAACCUGGUGCAGAAGAGAAGGCCCAGCCCUCUGAGGCCGGCCCUCCAGCCCAUCGUGACCUGGGCAGAAGCACCUCCAGCCUCCUGGCCUCACCAAGCCAUACCUCUGUCAAAGAGCCUACACCUAGCAUCGCCUCAGACAUAUCUCUGCCCAUUGCCACCCAGGAGCUGCGGCAGAGGCUGCGACAACUAGAAAAUGGCACAAUGCUGGGGCAGUCUCCACUGGGGCAGAUCCAGCUGACCAUCCGGCACAGCUCCCAGAGAAACAAGCUCAUCGUGGUGGUACACUCCUGCAGAAAUCUCAUCGCUUUCUCAGAAGAUGGCUCUGACCCAUAUGUCCGCAUGUAUUUAUUGCCAGACAAGAGGAGGUCAGGGAGGAGGAAAACACACGUGUCAAAGAAGACGUUAAACCCUGUGUUCGAUCAGAGCUUUGAUUUCAACGUGUCACUCCCUGAGGUGCAGAGGAGAACACUGGAUGUAGCAGUGAAGAACAGCGGCGGCUUCCUGUCCAAAGACAAAGGGCUUCUUGGCAAAGUGCUGGUGGCUCUAGCAUCUGAAGAACUCGCCAAGGGCUGGACCCAGUGGUAUGACCUCACAGAGGAUGGGACGCGACCUCAGGUGGUGACGUAGCCAUGUUGGAUGCGAGGCAACCUCUUCAGUGACCACCUGCCCACUUCUACUCAGACACACCCUCUCACAGAUGUACCAAUGUUAUUUUUAUAAUUUCGUGUAUUUCAUUAUAUAUACCAUAAUAAUUUUAUAAAAACUUGGCAUUUUAGGCAAAUUUGGCCAAUACUAUUGUUGACUUUGCUGAGUUUCCUCCAGGCUUGGCUAGCUGCUUGCUGUGUGUGCAGUGGGAUGCGGUCAUCUGCGCCCACUAGGAGGCCAGCACCUGGACGUGUGUUGCUGUCUUGUUUGUACAGCACUGUAGUGCACCAUGCUAUGUAAAUAGACUAUUUUUUUUAUAAUGUCUACACGCUGGUUUUGAUUCUGAAAAAGAAUGGAUCAAAGAAAUACAUAUUUUCUUCUAAAACUUACUGAAUUCUUAUGGCAAAUACUCAUUUUCAUCUUUGCAGCAAAACAUUCUCAGUAACAUAUUUCGUGUUGUUUCUUUAUAAAAGAAAAAGGUGAAAAGAUCAGUAAAUAUUACGAUAUUUCUGCCCAUUAUUAAAAAGUGUUCAAAGUAUUAACAUUUUCAUAAAUAUAAAGUCAAGGCUUACAAAGAAACAAAAUAUCCAGGGAAUCAUCAUGGUUCAUAAAUCAUGUGUGCUGCUUUGGAAUUUCUCACAUAAAAAGAAAUAUCUUCAGUGUAUUCCACUAGCUUGUUGGAACUUGUUCACAAAGUAGUGAGAGACACAUGUCAUGCUGCCAGAGCCAGGGACAGCCUUUCCAUGUUAGCAUUGAGCGGCUGUCACAGACGGCUUGGUCCCGUUUCCACCCUUUGAGGGCCGAAGUGCACAGUGUCAUUUUAUUUUUUUAUUUAUUUUGUUUGUUUGUUUGUUUUUUGUUUUUUUGAGACAGGG